UAGUUAGGUAUAAAUGUAUGUUAAUUCAAUUGAAGUUUCCUAAAUUAACUCGUUUCAACACGAACAGACCCAGACUCGAAUCCACACCGCUGUAGAAUAGGAAAUUAGGAACCGAAUUGAGUGACUCGUAAUUCGCAAAUCAUACUCCAUAACCCAGACGAAUUGAAAUUCUUGCCUUCAACUCACUUCAAUUGGCAAAACUGUAGAACUUCCCUUAAUUUCCUAUUUUUCUCAUUGAAUCAAUUAAGUGGUCAAAUCUUGAAUUGUACAAAAUGUCUGCAAAAAAGAUGGAAGAAGAAAAUCAAUCGCAGAUGCUUCCAGAAGAGAUGAUAGCUGAGGUUUUCUUGAGGCUUCCUGCUAAAUCCGUUGGUCGAUUUCGUUGCGUCUCAAACCGGUGGAAUUAUCUUCUAACCCAGCCCCAAUUCGUCAAAUCCCAUCUCAAUCUAACCAAACAACACCCAACAACAGAGGAAUCACUCAUCCUUGUUUCCCAUGAUUCUAUGAACUCAUAUUCUACCCAGUUGAACAAUGCCCACCACAUGUUCGACAAAAUGACUUGUUUUGCUACAAAACUCACUUUUGACGAUCAUCUCUUUUAUCCAUCAUAUUCUCUAUAUGGUUCUUGUGAUGGGUUAAUCUUAAAGGUGGAUUAUAGUAAUCGAAAGAAGUUGUUUCUGAUCAAUCCAACAACACGGGAGUUUAAGGAAUUGCCGAGCUUACCAUAUGCUCUUGAUCCUCGUAUUUGUCACACCGUAUAUGGACUUGGGUAUGAUUCAGUUAAGGAUGAUUAUAGGGUUGUUGUGAUUUCUCAUUAUGACACUCAUAAUAAUGAGAUUGAACCUGGUUGUAAUGAGAUGUUUGUUGAUGUCUAUUCAGUUGGAAAUGGUACUUGGAAGAGAGUUGACAGUUCUCCAUAUGAUCAUACUAUCAGUGAUUUUGAAGCAGGCGCUUUUGUUAAUGGGAGUAUCCAUUGGCUGGCUAGAAGAACUGUGGAUGACUCAUACGUUAUUGCAGCAUUUGAUCUAAGGGAAGAGAAGUUUCGUGAAUUGCCACUUCCUAGUUUGGUUGACAGUGACAAGCAUGUGGUGGGUGAUUUUGAUGAUGAAGUUGAGGAGGACUUAGUGUUCGAUAAACUGGUGUCGCUUGGAGGGUAUCUUUGCGGGUACCCUGAAUUCUUGGAUAAUUAUCAAUCAAUUAAUGCUUGGAUUAUGAAAAAAUAUGGUGUCCGAGAAUUUUGGACUAAAAUCUUUGUCAGUGAUGACCCAUACUUAUCAUUUAGGCCAAUAUGUUUGUAUAAGAAGAAACAAAUGGUGUUGGUGAUGCAUGAGGGCAAUACUGAUGAGAAAUUGGCAAUUUACAAUUCAGAAGAUGGAACUUUAAAGGAUAUUGUAGUUGAUGGCAUUCCACGUGGUUUUAGUGUAGGAGUGAGCUUCAUGGAAACCCUUGUCUCUCCUCAUUGCAGUAACGAAGCUGUGUGAAAAGUUAGCUUCAAUGGAGCACAUUGCAGCUAAGUAGUAUGCACCUAUUCUUACAUGGUUGUGCAAUUUUUGUUGUUGAAGUUUCUUAAAGACAAAGAUGUUUUUCUCCCAUUACAAACUUAUGAUGCUGCAGUUUUCAUACACUGCUAGACCUUAUAUAUAUACAUAUAUAUUGCUUCUUUUA